CUUCUUGCGUAGUUUAUAAAGUCUUUGGCCUCACAAGCUAAAAAACAUAUACAAAAUACAGAGAAAACUGAAAACCUUCCCAUGGAAACAACCGGAGACCCUCCAUCGUUAUGGCCACAGCUGACCAACUCCAUGCCUCGCCGUAAGUCAUCGUCUCCUCUUUUCACCCCACCAGUUCUCAUCAUCCUCUUACCCAUCAUCGCAUUACUUCUCUUGUUCUUUGCAGUUCCCCCUUUUCUCUCCAUCACCACUCAGAUUUUUAGACCCAACGGUGUCAGGAAAAGCUGGGACUCCCUCAACAUUUUUCUAGUCUUGUUUGCUAUUCUUUGCGGUGUUUUUGCUAGAGGAAAUGACACCACCACCACGGCCACCAACAACAGUAUUAGAAAUGAUAGUAAUAAUAACAAGCCAGGCCAUCCUGUUUCGCAACAAUGGUUUGAGUAUCCAGAUCCUCCAGUCGACGCGACGACGUCGGCAACCAGCGUUAGGAGGUUGAAGAGAAGCAGUAGCUCGUACCCAGAUCUGAGACAGGACUCUUUGUGGGAGAAUACCGAGGAUCGGUUUCGUUUUUUUGAUGAUUUUGAAAUAAACAAAUAUCGAUCUUCAACAAAUUACAAUGAUAAAGUUCACGGGCUUCGUAGGAGCUGGAGAAGUGAGUUUCAAGAAUCUGAAGCCAAGGUCAUUCAUGUUGACACCUUUGUGCUUCGUUCUUCUCCUUCAUCACCACCGUCAAAGUCUCCAGCACCUUCAACACCACCUCCACCACCGCCUCCGCCUCCAGGUGGCCGCCAUAAAUCAAGACGAACUUGUCAAGCUGUUGGACGGAAAGAGAAGUUGAAUACUCAGAACGAUCAUGUUGAAUUCAACAAAAUUAAGUCUCCACUGCCAGUAACACCAGCACCACCUCCACCGCCACCGCCACCUCCUCGGCGACCACCAUCUCCACUAGUUGAAAGGGGAGAUAGAUCAGAGCAGAAGUAUGAGAAAUUGGAACGUAGAAAAAGUAAUGCCACCAAAGAAAUAAAGAUGGUUUUUGCUUCGUUAAGGAAAAGAAAGAAGAAACAGAAGUCAAAGGAUCAUGAUAAUCGGCAAGUUUGCCCUUUGCAUUGUCCACGUGAGUCACCACCUUAUUACUUUACUACAAUACCACCACCAUCACCACCACCUCCUCCACCGCCACUGCCUCCACCACCAUCCUCUGUCUUUCAAAAAUACAAUCUCUUCAGAAAGGGCAGCAAAACCAAAAAAUUCUAUUCUGUUACUUCUCCUCCGCCUCCACCACCAGCAACACCCCCAGCAUUUUCACUUUCACAACGCUCUUCAAAGCAAAACAGUCAGAUCCCACCAACACCACCACCUGCACCGCCACCAGCCUUUUGUUCUACAAAAAGAUUAUCAAAGCAGAAGAGUCAGAUCUCGCCACCAUCCAAACCUGCACCUGCACCACCAACACCGCCACUGGAACCUUCAAGGAGACGAACUACGGCCAACAUAGGUAGGCCACCAUUGCCGACAAAAGCAAAUUCUAGUUAUUAUGACGAGAAAGUGAACAGCGGUGGACAUUCAACGUUAGUUCCGAUGCCGCCACCUCCGCCACCAUUUAAAAUGCCAGAGUUGAAAUUUGUGGUUCGUGGGGAUUUUGUUAAGAUACGGAGCAAUCCUAGUUCUCGGAGUAGCUCUCCGGACUUGGAGGAAGUUGAUUCGUCAAGCAAACAUGAUGUGCAGACGGUCAGCCGGAUGGACGGUAAUGAUGGGGUUGGGGUUGGGGUUGGGGUUGGGGUUGGGGUUGGAGGGGCCCUGGUGUUUUGUCCUAGUCCUGAUGUUAAUGCUAAAGCUGAGACCUUUAUUGCCAGAGUCAGGGAUGGGUGGAAAUUGGCAAAAAUAAACUCCCUGAAAGAGAAGCAAAGGAUAUAG